AUGACACAAAAGCAACAUAUUGAAACAUUUGUGAUUAAGCAAACCGAUGAAGCUCGCAUUAAUUAUCACACUUUAUUGCGUGGUGCACUUGAUUGCACAAGAUGGUUGUUGCAACAAGGUUUGCCUUUUCGUGGCCAUGAUGAAUCGUUCAACUCAAGCAAUAGAGGUAAUUAUUUGGAGCUUAUGCAAUUUCUGGCCGAUGAUAAUGAGAAAGUUAGGAAAGUUGUGUUUGAGAAUCUCAAGUAUACUUCUUCCGAUAUUCAAAAGGAUCUUGUUCAUGCUUGUGUUAUUGAAAUUAUUAAUGCAAUCACUAAAGAUAUGGAAGGAGAAGCAAUUGAAAAGUUUUUUGGUGUUCAACAUGUCUCCUCUACAACUAAUAGCUUACUUGAAGAGGCCAUUGAAAGAUUGUUUGCUACAACAAAUUUGAGUAUGUCCAUGUUACGAGGACAAGACUAUGAUGGAGCUAGUAAUAUGAAAGGUGAGUUAAAUGGUCUUAAAACAAAGAUUUUGAACAAAUACCCUCAUACAUUUUACAUUCAUUGUUUUGCAUACCAACUCCAACUAGCUCUUGUAUUUGUGGCAAAGGAAAAUGAGGAUGUUGCCAAUUUCUUUAUCAAUGCUAGUAGUUUGGUGAAUCUUAUUGGACUAUCGUGUAAGUGUCGUGAUGCAUUUAGAGAGAAACAACAAGAAAAAAUUCAGAAAGCUCUUGAUCUUGGUAAUCUUGAAAAGGGUAAAGGGUUAAAUCAAGAAAGUAGUCUCAUGCGUCCAUGUGAUACACGGUGGAAUUCGCAUUAUGGUACUAUAGUUAGUAUUAUUGUUAUGUUUGAAGCCGUGGUGGAAGUGGUUGAAUGGAUUAAAGGUGAUCGCAACCAAGAUAAUCUCGGUGACGCAACUAGGUUAUUCAAAGACAUACAAACUUUUGAUUUUAUGUUUCACCUUUUCUUGAUGAGACUUAUAUUGAGAAUUACAAAUGAGUUAUCACAAGCAUUGCAAAAGAAAGAUCAAGAUAUUGUGAAUGCGAUGGUAUUAGUGGAAGUAUGCAAGCAAAGACUACAAUCCUUGAGAGAUGAUGACUUUGGGGACUUGUUUCAUGAUGUAGAAAAGCUUUGUGAGGAGCAUGAUAUUAUCAUUCCUAACAUGGAGGAUUUGCAUUUCGUACCUGGAAAAUCAAGGCGCAAAGCUCCAAAAAUCACAAACUUCCAUUACUAUCGUGUGGACCUUUAUUUUCAAGUCCUUGAUAUGCAACUAAAGGAAUUGAAUGAUCGCUUCAAUGAGGUAAACAUCGAGUUCCUUCUUUGUAUGACAUGUUUGAGUCCGGUGAAUAAUUUUGCAUCUUUUGACAAAGCAAAAAUUGUUCGUUUGACCCAACUUUAUCCUCAAGAUUUUGAUCGUAUGGAUCUCAUGAAUCUUCCAAUUCAACUUGACAAUUACAUUCAUGAUAUGAAGAUGCAUAGUGAGUUUUCAUCAUUGAGAGGAAUUAGUGAUCUUGCAAAAGAGUUAGUGAAGACCGGGAGGUGUGAAACUAUAUGUUAA